AUCAACAGCAACACCUCCGACCCUGACAGCAUCCACGCUCGAUGCACAGGUCGUCAUGCCCAUGAAUCCUAAUAUCCUCGGCCGGAGACGCUUCAUACAGCUUCGAUUAUGUACAUAGCAGCAUCCAUCGAUCCUCCGUGGCUGGCCGCGCCCCCCGCGCAGGUAGCGUCCUGAAGCUCCAGCACAACGACAGCGACAGUAGGCUAUCUAGCUCUAACAUUCCAAAUGGCCGUCCCGUGGCACCGUAGUUUGUUCGUGCUGGUUUCGGCUGCCUCCACGUAGUUGACAGGCGUUGGCGCGAGCAGAGUCCACUUCCCAUUGCUAGGAGACCAGUUGAUGUUGCCGCCAGCUAACAACCUCGGAAGUCCAGCGUGCCCCUCCGCAAUCGACGUGAUGGAAUCCACUUGAGAGGAAUGACGAGCUCCACCUCCGCCUCCGCACUCCUCUAAUCACUUCUUCUACUCGUUAAUAGCUCUAGCGAACCCCAAAAUGGCAGCGACGACAAACCCUCUCCACGGCACCCAUGCUGCGACCGACCCAACCGUCUCCUCCCAAACCUACACAAUCGCCGGCAUCCUCGUCACCGUCCAUGGCCUCGUAGAACUGCCUCCCUCCGCCUCCUCAGUCGCCUGCUUAUGGCUCCUUCACCCACGUCUCCAGAAAAAAGAAACAAUGGCCCCAAUCGCAAACCAGGUUAUCUCAGCAUGGAACGCCCGAGUCAGCCAAGCGCGAGCAGGAAAUACAUCCAAAGGCCUGAUUGCAGUAGCUUUCGACCAGAGGAACCACGGGAGCAGACAGGUCGAUGAACUGCACAACCAGGCGUGGAGAGAAGGAAAUCCCAGGCAUGCGCAGGACAUGUUUAGCUGCUACCACGGCACUGCAACCGAUACUUCGCACCUCAUAGACCACCUCGAGUCCUACAUCUUCACUGCCGCCAACGGGCCUAGGAUCACACAACACCUCGCCCUUGGCAUCUCGCUCGGCGGCCAUGCAACAUGGCAUUGUCUCUUAUCCGACCCCCGUAUAACUGCCGGCGUUGUGGGCAUUGGGUGUCCAGACUACACGCGCCUGAUGACGGAUCGCGCACGCCUCUCGAAACGGAAGACGUAUACUGAGACUUCACCGCCAGGCGCGUCGUUCCUGGGCUCACCGGAUUUCCCUCUGGCGCUGCAGGAUGCCAUCGCGCAGUAUGAUCCCGCUGGUCUCCUGUUGCCCGGUCAAUUCAAUCCCACAAGUGCUGAUCCGCAACCCGACAAGGCCAAGUUGGACCGGUUCAAGGUCUUGCUUAGAGAGAGGUUACAGGGAAAGCAGAUUCUGAAUCUCAGUGGCAAGGUGGACAAGCUUGUGCCGUAUGCAGCGGGUGAGCCAUUCUUGAACGUCUUGAAAGGUGUGUUACAGCAAGAGCCCAGUCUGAAUAUUGCCUUUGAGGAUGUGCUGUUUGAUGGCGUGGGCCAUGCGUUUCCAACGGCCAUGGCGGAUAAGGCGACCGAGUGGCUAUGCAACGUGCUAGCAAAGGCCGAGGUUUCGAGUAAGAUAUAGAACAACUCCAUUCAGUUCAGAGGUGCAAAAGUCUCCCGAAAGAGCCAUCUUCAUUACUACUAAAACAAACCCUUUAUACAAGUAGUCUUGGACUAUUUAGAUCUUGUUUUUUUAAUUCUUCGCUUGCACGUCCCAUCAUAGACUACAUGGACAUGACGUAUACAAUCGACAUUCUUCCAACGCUUCAGCUUCAUACAUCGUGCCCCAUUACCGUCACGCACCAAGGACACAGUAUCAGCCCCAUCCAUAAUCUCCAAGAUGAAAACCCAGCUAUCCAUCCGGUUUAGAUGCAAUGUUCACUUCCACAUCCCUUCAACCAUGGCGCCAAAUUCUUCGCCCCCUCUACUUCUCCUCUGC